GUUUAGUUAACAUUCAUUAGUCGUCGACAAUCGACAUACAUUGCUAAUGUCAGUUAUCUUCGCAGAAACUAAUUUAUUUUUUCAAUGUUAGCUUGUUCUUAAGUUAUUUUUACGUCAGUCGUAUUACUACCAUCAGUUCGGAAGCAAGUUCGUCAGAUGAACGCAAGGUCGUCAGAUAAAGAUCCAUAAUGGUAUUGUCACUGUACAACUUGGACGCAAGCCCCCCCUGCAGAGCUUGCCAGAUGGCGUUGGGGUAUUUGAAUCUGCCGGUCAAGUACAUCACAACUGAUCUCCUCAAAAAGGAUCAUCACACCGAAGAAUAUCUUAAGAUGAAUCCACAACACACUAUUCCUACAUUAGUCGACGACGACUUCGUUGUAUGGGACAGCCACGCUAUAGUCACCUAUUUAGUCACAAAAUACGGCAAAGAUGAUUCGCUAUAUCCAACAGAUGCUAAAAAAAGGGCUAUUAUCGAUCAGAGACUGCAUUUCGAUACCGGAAUCCUAUUUCCUGCGCUACGCUAUACGGUCGCGCCUAUUUUUUUCUUCGGUGAAAAGCAACCCAAGCCUGAAAAUUUGGAAAAGAUAAAAUCAGCUUACGAAUUUACUGAAAAAUUUCUUACCAAACCUUGGAUAGCUGGAGAUGAGCUGACUGUUGCAGACUUCUGUUGUAGUGCUACAAUAAGUUCUCUAAAUACUAUAAUACCAAUUGAUGCCGGGAUUUACCCCAAUAUAUCUGGUUGGCUGAAAAGAUGUUCAGAACUCGAUGCAUACAAGAAGUACAACUUACCCGGCUUAAAUGAUUUUAAAUCCCUUUAUGAGAGUCGAGUGGGUUGAAGCGAAGAAUUUUUUAUUCAUAUUUGUAUUUAAGCUGUAUUUCAUUAAUGUAAUUUAAGUGAAGUUUCAGAUAAUUGCUAUUCUUUUUGUGUAUGUUAUUGAAGUUCACUUUACGAAGUUGUUGUUAGUUGUAGGGUUGUUUUACUUUGUUUUACAAUUUAGAAGUUAAUUAGUAAAUGAUGCAAUAAACGUUUAUGGUUUCUAA